GAUAUACUUUUUGUUUUGUUACAGAUGAUUAAACUGAUUACAUUUACAACUAGUGGGCAUGCAUAUCUCAAUUUUAUGGGCAAUGAAUUUGGACAUCCAAAUGUGAGGCAUCUUAUCCUCGUGUAUAUUGUCUAAUGAGGGUGGAGUUUCCUAUGUCAAGCAACAACUAUUCCUUCAUGUUCGCUAAUAGGCAAUGGGAGCUACUAAUGGACAAAGGCAUUCACAGUAACCUUUUCAACUUUGAUAUGGACAUGAUGAGCUUGGAUGAAAAUGAAAGGAUACUUUCUAGAAGUUCACCCAGUGUUCACCAUUGUAAUGAUUCGACUAUGGUCAUAUCAUACACCAGGGGGUCCUUUCUCUUUGUAUUCAACUUUCAUCCUGAAACCUCUUGUGAAUCAUAUCGUGUUGGUGUAGAGGAAGCUGGCGAUUAUCAAAUAAUUCUAAAUACUGAUGAUACCAGAUAUGGUGGACAUGGUGAGCUCGAAAGUCAUAAGCAUCUUUGGAGGACCAACAAAAAAAGGGCUGACGGUUAUCAAAACUCUCUGGAGGUGGCCUUACCUCGUAGAAGUGCUCAGGUAUACAAGUUGAUGCGUAUUUUGAGAAUUUGAACGUUUUUAUGUGGCAAUUUUCUGAAAGCAGAUAGCAGCAGUAUUGUCGAAGUUGAUGGAAUUAUUAGAUUCUUUUAUCGUGAUUCUGUCAUGUGAAAAGGAUCGGCAGAGGUUAAAUAAAUAAAAUGAGGGCUUUUGCUUAUUUAUUCCUUACUGCCAUCGACAAUUUUCAAAUUUAUUCUGAAAUUAUCAAAAUACCCUUCUAAACCCCAAAUUCCGUUAGGGAACCCUAGGGGUUUGGGACUAUUUGAAAGAAAUUUUGGAAAUCAACAAGGGCAAUUUGGUCA